AUUUCUAGAUGGCGUACAAGUUUGUUUAUAGUCUUCUGUAAGCAAUCUAAUGAAUGCUGUCAAAACAUACCAAGUUCUCCUAACAGUAUUAAAGUCGGAAAGAAUAUUUUUUUCAUAGGCAUGGAUAAAUUAUCAAAACCACAAAUAAUCUGUCACAUCGAGAAAUCGGUGGAUUAUUCACUAUUUGACGCAAAAUGGAUACCAUGCAGUGCAAAGUUUGUGGUUAUGGGCUCUCGACCUCGGGGUACGGGUAUUAUACAAAUUUAUGAAAUAUCUAGUGGCGAAUUAAAGCUCGUCAAGAAUAUAGAGAGAUCGAAUCAGAUGAAGUGCGGAACAUUCAAAGCUUCCAGUCUUCGUGAUAGAUACUUAGCUACUGGUGAUUUCAAGGGUAAAUUAAAUAUUUACAAUUUAGAAGAUCCUUCAAUACCAGUUUAUUCAGCUAAUGCUCACACAGAGAUUAUAAAUGCCAUUGACGGAGUGGCAGGUACUAGUGUGGGAUGUGGAGCACCAGAAUUAGUAACUGGAUCCAAAGAUGGAAGUGUAAAAGUAUGGGAUCCGAGACAAAAGAAUCGACCAGUUGCUAUUAUAGAACCUAAGGAAGGAGAAAGUCGCCGAGAUUGUUGGUCAGUUGGAUUUGGCAAUUCUUAUAAUUCCGAAGAAAGAAUAGUAGCAGCAGGAUAUGAUAAUGGAGAUGUUAAAAUGUUUGACUUAAGAGCUAUGUCGCUGAGAUGGGAAAGUAAUUUGAAAAAUGGGGUUUGUGGACUUGAAUUUGACAGAAAAGAUAUCCCCAUGAAUAAGCUAGUUGCUACUACGCUAGAAUCUAAAUUUUAUCUCUUUGAUUUAAAAACUCAGCAUCCUAAGAAAGGUUUUGCCUAUCUUGUUGAAAAGGCACACAAGUCAACAGUGUGGCUGGUUAAGCAUUUGCCACAAAACCGUGAAUUGUUCGCAACAUGUGGCGGUGGAGGAACAAUCUGUCUUUGGAAAUAUAAUUAUCCAGAGAAAAGAAAAACUACAGAUACUGAUGGAAUUGAACAAGGAAUUAUGGGCAAUAUUAGUUUACUACAAAACUGUACGCUCUCGUCGCAACCUAUUAGUUCUUUGGAUUGGAGUCCGGACAAGCAAGGACUUGCCGUUUGCACAUCGUUUGAUCAAUGCUUACGCGUUAUCAUCACUACAAAACUGAAUACGUAUUGAUUAAACAACAGAAAGUACUUGUAAAUAAGUCUGUAUGUGGCGAAAACAAUAUUCACAACUUCAUUUUGUACGCUUAAGAUAGUCCUUAAUAAAAUUUUUUUAUUUGCAACAUUAUCAAAUGACAAAAAAAAUUGUUAAAAAA